AAAUAUAAGUAAGUAAUCAGAGGUAGCCCACAAUUUGUGCACACUCUCUCUCUCUCUAUGCUCUUCACUACCAGACACAAGACAUGGUUUUUUAGCUAACACCGUAUGGAUAGUACUUUCACCCAACAAGAAGUGAGAGAACAAACCCAACAACAGAAGCAUUGUGCCUCUUUGGUAAGGCACAGAAGGUCCGCUAAUAAUCCUAACCCAUUUUCCAUUCUGCUCUUCUGGGUCUCUAAAUCUCUUAGAAGUUUGUGUUUCAGAGUUCAUCUCUCACAAGGGUUUUGCUUGAGGAGGAUUCAGUACCAUGACAUGGUGAUAAACACUUCUGUUAUCUAUGCUUCUUCGUCUGGUUUUCUUGGAGAAGGGAAAGCUGCUGCUGCUGCUAUGGAGGGUUUGAGUUUGUCUGAGAAGAGUGAGGUUGUUGAGGAAAGUAGAGGGAGUGAAAAUGGUGGUAAGAGAGAAACUUUUGCUGAUUUGAUUGAAGAAAAGGGUCGUGAGAGUAGUUUCAGCUCUGAGUUUCUUUCAUCUGAGACCACACAUGAGGAACAUAGUAGGAGUAGCACUGAGGAUGACUCAUCUUCACCUCCUUCGGUGCGGUGGCCGGUUCAGGAAAUUGCUGCAUCAGAUUGUGUUAGUCCUCAUGGAAGUGAAGAUGGUGAGAAAAAGCACUUGGUGUUGGAGAAUAAGGAGUUUGAGAAACAAGUUUCACACUUACCAGAGAUUGAGAUGAUGAAGGAGAGGUUUGCAAAAUUGUUACUUGGAGAAGAUAUGUCAGGUUGUGGAAAUGGGGUCCCUACAGCCUUGGCCAUCUCAAAUGCCAUAACCAAUUUAUGUGCUACCCUCUUUGGGCAACUAUGGAGAUUAGAACCCCUUCGUUCAGAGAAGAAAGCAAUGUGGCGAAGAGAGAUAGAAUGGUUUCUUUCUGUCAGUGAUCAUAUAGUUGAAUUGACACCUAAUUGGCAGACAUUUCCAGAUGGAAGCAAGCUUGAGGUCAUGACUUGUCGACCACGCUCGGAUCUUUAUGUCAAUCUUCCAGCUCUGCGUAAAUUAGAUAACAUGCUCCUAGAAAUUCUAGAUAGUUUUGUCAAUACAGAGUUCUGGUAUGUAGACCAAGGGGUUAUAGCUCCAGAUGCUGAUGGUCCAUCUUCUUUUCGACAAGCACUUCAGCGGCAGGAGGAGAAAUGGUGGCUUCCUGUACCCCGUGUCCCUCCUUGUGGCCUCAAUGAAAACUCUAGGAAGCAGUUGCAGCACAAGCGCGAUUGCACAAACCAAAUCUUAAAAGCUGCAAUGGCCAUUAACAGCAUCACUUUAGCUGAAAUGGACAUUCCUGAGUCCUAUUUGGAGUCUCUUCCCAAGAAUGCUAGAGUAAACUUGGGGGAUGUUAUUCAUCGUUAUAUCACAUCAGAUCAUUUUUCUCCUGAGUGCUUGCUAGCUUGCCUUGAUUUAUCUUCUGAACAUCAAGCUAUAGAGAUUGCAAACCGAGCUGAGGCUUCGAUGUAUAUUUGGCGUAAAAAGACUAACUCCAAGCCUGCUGGUGUCAGUGCCAGGUCUAGUUCAAGAACAUCAUGGGAAAUGGUCAAGGAUCUGAUGGUUGAUGCAGACAAAAGGGAUUUGUUUGCAGAGAGAGCAGAAAGCCUUUUGCUUUCCUUGAAGCAGCGUUUUCCUGGCCUCCCUCAAACAGCCUUGGAUAUGAGCAAAAUCCAAUACAACAAGGAUGUUGGAAAAGCUAUUCUAGAGAGCUACUCUCGAGUACUAGAGAGUUUGGCAUUUAACAUGGUUGCGCGGAUAGAUGAUGUGCUCUAUGUCGAUGACUUGACCAAACAUUCAGAUCAAAUCUCAUCUCUCUCAAAAGUUGGUGUAGUUACUCACAAGAGUAUAUCAGUUCCACACUCAGUGCCUGUCCCUAGCACUCCAUACAAAUCGGCUUUUGGCACACCAAGCCUUUCUCCGGCGCAUGGGGUUAGCCCUUCAAAGGGAGGGAAAUCCCCACUCAUCAAUGACAGCAACCUUCCCCAGAGAGGGUCAGGUGUGAAGAAAUCUUUGACUGAUUUUCUCAGCAUUGAUGCAAAAGGGAAGGACAGUGACAGUUCAAUUGAGAAGCAAGUUGCAGAAUCAAAAACACUUGAAGUGCCAACAGUUGAAACAGAUGUAGAGUCCAGUGAUUGCACAGAAGGUGCAGCCAGCCCAAAUAUCUUGGACCGGACAUGGCAUGUGUGAAGCUAUUGAUCUUUUAUAGCUGAGUGCCACAUUUUUUUUAUUUUUAAUGUUUUUGGAUCUUUGUAUCAUUGUAUGUAUAUGAAAUAUUUAGAAGGAUUCACAUAAUUAGAGUGGAUAGUGUUUUAUGUUAUUUACUUGAGGUAGUAA